AUGGCCAAACCUCUGCUGAAGAUACAGCGUUAUUUCCGCAGGAAACCUGUCCGUUUCUUCACCCUCGGCCUGCUCUACCUGACCGCCGGAAGCCUCGUCUUCCUACAUACUGGCAUUGUUGGUGACAGCUGUCCCGGAAGGCGAGGGAUGCGCGUGUACACCGUGGUGGCCUCGGAGACGGGCGGCCAGAUCACAUCAUCAGAUAGCGGGGGGCUGGGAAUCACACGGGUACUUAGGGAGGCUCACAGGCCUGGGCGAGGUUACGCCCCCAUGUGGAAGAAAAAAGGAAGGAAGAUAAGAGAGGGCAGAGCUGGAGACCACAACAUGAAUUCUGCUGGGAACUCUGCACGCAAUAUGAAAGAGACGGACGACGGAAGAGCAAAGUACAUUGGAUGCUAUGUUGAUUCAACAGAAAAGCGGGCCCUAAAAGGAGUUUCAUUUUUUGAUUACAAAAAAAUGACUGUAUUCCGUUGCCAGGACAACUGUGCCGAAAGAGGGUACAUGUACGCGGGUUUGGAGUUUGGAGCCGAGUGCUUCUGCGGACACAAGAUUCAGACGGCCAACGCUUCGGAGAGCGAAUGCAACAUGCAGUGUAAAGGAGAAAAGAGCAGCGUGUGUGGAGGAGCCAACCGGCUAUCCAUCUACAGGCUGGAGCUGAGCCAGGAGUCGGCACGGCGCCACGGCAGUGCCAUUUUCAAGGGUUGCUUCCACAGUCCAGACAAUGUCACGUUGGCCCUCCCUUUCAGCAUUUCCAUCCGAAACAUGUCCGUUGACAAAUGUGUCGACGCGUGCACGGAGAAGGAGCAAUCGCUGGCCGUCCUGGCCGGAGAUCGAUGCCACUGCGGCUUCCCGACCCCCCUCUUCUCCCUUCACGAGCCUGAGGAUGAGGGCAUGUGUCUCCAGCGCUGCCUCGGCGAGGAGUUUGAAAGCUGCGGGAAUGACGAGUACUUUGUGGUGUACCAGACGCAGGUUCAAGACAACCGUUGUAUGGACCGACACUUUCUCCCCUCUCGCAACAAUCAACUGGUUGCCCUGGCAAGUUUCCCCGGAUCGGGUAAUACCUGGGCACGUCACCUCAUAGAGCUGGCCACCGGCUUCUAUACCGGCAGCUAUUAUUUUGACGCCUCACUCUACAAUAAAGGAUUUAAAGGUGAGCGAGACCACUGGCGAAGCGGAAGAACCAUCUGCAUAAAGACGCACGAGAGUGGGAGAAAGGAGAUCGAAGCCUUUCACUCCACCAUCCUCAUGAUCCGAAACCCCUACAAAGCACUCAUGGCCGAAUUUAACCGGGAAUUUGGCGGGCACAUUGGAUUCGCCUCUCAGGCCAACUGGAAAGGGAAAGAAUGGCCCGAAUUUGUGAAGACCCACUCUCCAUGGUGGGCCUCUCAGAUCUUGGACUGGCUACAUUAUGGGAAGAACAUCUACGUGGUCCAUUACGAGGACUUGAAGAAAGACUUGCUCUCCCAUCUCAAGGGAAUGGUUCAGUUUUUGGGCCUGGAAGUUUCCGAGGAGCGUCUGCUCUGCAUGGAAGGUCAGAAGGACGGUAACUUCAAGAGAUCGGAGCUCCGCAAACUCAAAUAUGAUCCCUACACUCCUGAAAUGAAGGCAAACAUCGAUGAACUGAUAAGAACAGUUGACGCAGCCUUAAAGAAAAUGAACAUGACUGGUGUUCCAGAUGAAUACAUGCCAAGAUAA